GUAUAAAAUCCUUGUAUUUAUUGCCUUGCCCGAAUCCUUGGACGAAAAAAGAUAACUAUUGCCAAAAAAACCCUCUUUGUAUUUAUUGCCACAAUCCCGUUCAUAAACAAUCAUUUUGUUACAAUGACAGAAGAGAAACAACCACCAGUCUCCACGAUGGCAGCAAACUCCACACAACUGCCCAUAACCACAACAAAAACUACCAAAAAGAGCAAAAAACUAAGCCUUAUACCUCUAAUAUUCCUCAUAUACUUUGAAGUUGCUGGUGGUCCUUAUGGUGAAGAACCAGCAGUUCAAUCAGCAGGUCCACUUUUCGCGAUUCUUGGUUUCUUGAUUUUCCCAUUUAUUUGGAGUGUACCUGAAGCAUUGAUCACUGCUGAAUUAUCCACAACUUUUCCUGGUAAUGGUGGUUUUGUUGUAUGGGCUGAUAGAGCUUUUGGACCUUUUUGGGGUUCAAUUAUGGGUACAUGGAAAUUCUUAAGUGGUGUGAUCAACAUUGCUUCUUUUCCAGUACUUAGUAUUAGUUAUAUGAAAAUGCUUUUUCCUAUUUUCUCAUCUGGUGUUCUAAGAUAUAUGGCAAUCUUGGUGUCAACAUUGUUGUUGUCUUUUUUGAACUAUACUGGUUUGACAAUUGUGGGGUAUGCAAUAGUGGUUCUUGGUGUUGUUUCACUUGCACCUUUUAUUAUAAUGUCGUUGAUCGCGAUUCCCAAGAUUCAUGUUCAUAGAUGGAUAAGUUUAGGACAAAGGGGUGUGAAAAAAGAUUGGAACUUGUUCUUUAAUUCCCUGUUUUGGAAUUUGAACUUUUGGGAUAAUGUGAGUACUUUGGCGGGUGAAGUUGAGAACCCACAAAAAACUUUUCCUUUAGCACUUUUUUCAUCAGUUAUUUUCACUUGUUUGGGAUACAUUAUUCCGCUUUUGGCAGUGACUGGAGCUGUAUCAGUUGAUCAAAAAGACUGGGAAACAGGGUUUAUGGCUAUUGCUGCUGAGAUGAUUUGUGGUAAAUGGUUGAAAUUUUGGGUUGAAAUUGGUGUUGUUUUGUCCGCUAUUGGAUUAUUUGAGGCUCAGUUAAGUAGUUCUGCUUUUCAGCUUUUGGGUAUGGCUGAAUUAGCAUUUUUGCCUAAAUUCUUUAGUUUAAGGUCAAAAUGGUUUAAUACACCAUGGGUUGGGAUAUUAUUGUCAACAGCAAUUUCACUAGGUAUGUCUUAUAUAAACUUUACUGAUAUAAUAUCAUCAGCUAAUUUCUUGUAUAGUUUAGGUAUGUUGUUGGAAUUUGCAUCAUUUGUUUGGUUGAGAAGGAAGUUUCCCAAGAUUAAUAGGCCAUAUAGAGUGCCAAUGAAGCUGCCCGGAUUGGUGAUUGUGUGCUUGAUUCCUUGUGUUUUCUUGGUGUUUAUAAUGGCUAUUGCAACCAAGAUUGUGUUUCUUAUCAGUGGAUUGAUGACUGUUGGAGGGAUUGGAUGGUACUUUUUUAUGAAGUUAUGUAAAUCCAAGAAGUGGCUUAAAUUUCAUGAUGCUGAUAGUUAUGUGGAAGAGCCAAUAGCGGGAUGAGAGCUAUGUUGCGCGGCAUCUUCAAAAAUAUCGACGGGUGCGUAGCUGAUAUUCCAAGAUUAGUGAGUUUUUGAAGGAUCAACACAGGUACAACGUGGCGGAUUUACAAUUUAUUACUUCCAAUUAUGUAUAUAUAUUAAAAAAAUUAGAAGAUUAUUGUUGCUAAGGAAGUUACUUUGGGAAGAACUUUUUUAAGUUUAUAGUAUAUCAAAAG